AUGAGAUGGUUAAUCUGGAAUGUUAGGGGCAUUAAUAAGUGGCACAAAAGGAAGGAGCUGAAAAACUAUCCAAAGAAUAAAAACAUUAGUUUAGCUGGGAUCAUUGAAACAAGAGUAAAGGAACACAAUGCUAGAAGUGUCAGCCAUCAUAUAGCCCCUGGGUGGGAGAUGUUCAACAACUAUAAUGCUGCAAUCAAUGGAAGAAUACGGUUACUAUGGGAUACUAAUUAUUACUCAGUCAGGGUGAUUAAAGCAGAGGCGCAUGUACUACAUUAUGUUGUCACAAAUAUCAUAAAUGAUCAUGAAUAUGCAGUGUCCAUAGUUUAUAGUUUUAAUACAGUUGAACAAAGGAAACUGUUAUGGGAUAACUUGAAAGAGAUAGAGCAAAUGACAUUCAUACCAUGGGUGAUUGGGGGAGAUUUUAAUGCUGUUUUGCAACUACAAGAUAGAAUGCAUGGAAAUCUAGUUACUAAGGCUGAGACUCAAGAUUUCAGCAAAUGUAUCCAAGACCUGAAGGUUAGUGAAUUGACUUGGGAGGGUGAUUAUUAUACGUGGUCCAACAAGCAAGGUGGUGGUGACAGGAUAUGGAGCAAAAUUGAUAGGAUGUUUGGUGAUUAUAAAUGGAUGAUGCAAUGGGGUCAUAUAUCCACCGUGUAUGAACUACCAUUUAUUUCUGAUCAUGCUCCUAUGACACUAACCUUCAAUGAUCAGCACAGAAGCAGGAAAAUCCCUUUCAAAUUUUUCAAUAUCUGGGCUGAGCAUGAGAGGUUCAAUUAUGAAGUGCAGCAAAUUUGGAAGCAAAGUUUUCACAGACAGAAGAUGCAGAAUGUGUGGAUGAAAAUAAAAGCACUAAGGCUAGUACUGAGAAAACUAAAUGUGGAAGAGUUUAAGUUCAUUAGACAAAAGAUAGAGAUAGCCAGAAUUGAACUUGAACAUGGCCAAAAAAGUAUAGACACAAGUAGCUCCUCUGAGCUGUUACUGCAAGAAAAGGAAUUGAUUUAG